AUGAAGACUACGAGACCGCUUGAACCGCCACCGAAGGAGAAUCUACCACCGCCGCAGGGCAAGUUACCUACGUCUCCUCGCCCGAUGCGACCCAAGGACGCAAACGCGCAUCAACGCGAGAAUUGGUGGGAUGAAGUCAAGAUGGUGUAUGCAGCAGGACCUCCCGGUGAAGGGAAGGCCCUGGUGGAUCUAGCAAAGGGACUCACUACCAUGAAGGAGAAGAGGACUACGACAGAAAACGUGUCCACCAGACCUUUUGUGGGGCAUCUGAUGCAACGACAUGAAAAGCAACAACAACCUACUCGACGUCCUAAGCCGACGCCUCCUGUCAUACUAGACCCCAGACGGCAACAGGCCGAGGUCGAGAGGGUGGCGCUGGCGCUUGCCCAGCAGGAAGAGGAGCGGCGGAGGCAGAUGAAAGCUCUAUGCCCGCCACAGCGACUCCAAGAGCCUCCCCGAGUUGAUAGCGCACAGUCGCACGUUAACCGCAAUGUCAGCAAUUCUCUGCCCAUCCCCGUGUCACAUAACGAGCCUCCGAAGCCCAGCCUCGGAAGCAGGCGCGAAGUGAAGAUGAUCCCCUUAGGUGGCCUAAAUCUCCAUAAAGCAGGACAGACGUUCAAGGAAUGGCGCACCGACACCCACCACGAGAAAAUCAAGAAGAAGAUAUCGGUCCCCUACCCGAUGUCUACAGCCAUAGGAGACAGCGCCAACGUCGCUCUACACUGUGGCGGCGUUGGAGGAACAGCUGCGAAGAUCUCUGCCGACCCUCGGCCGGAGCGACCUGACAAGCAACGUAGACCUUCCUUCGUGCAUGAAAUUGGGAGGAGGCUCACCGGCAGAGAACCGAAGCCGCGAUCGCCGUCGGUAAGCGUGAGUUACAAUGGCGAGCGCCGCGGAACUCAGUGGGACGACUUCGUGCACCCGCGGGAGCCCGCACGGCUUCACCCGGCGUCCACCGUCCCAGCUGCACCCACUGGGAUACAGCACCCAUGCUCAACUUAUCCAGCUGCACCCGCCGGCGAGCCACAACAGUACGGUAAGUGGAGCGUGUAUCAACAGCCACGGAAGCCGCCAGUCAUUCCAGGUAAGCCGCCAGUCACUCCUAAACCGCCAGUCGAUACCAAGCCGGCAGACAGUCCACAGCCGCCAGUCAAGCCGGUCCAUGCAAGGAAAGUCACGAUGCCGAAGAUUCCGUUACUGCGGAGGGUAGACUCUGACGAGAGCUUCACAUGCAUAGGGAUAAACCCCGACUCGCCCAUCUACGACAUGCCUUUGCGAAAGGAGGCUCAAGAGAGUAAACCAACGCCUCCAGGUAUGUAUAACAAGUUCAGGGAGCUGGCGCCCAUCUACGCCGAGUUCGAGUUGGCUGCCCUCCUUCCCGAUCUUGUGACCAAGUCUAUCAUGAGUAUGUCGGAUGCUGAUGAAGAUGUAGAUGCUACAGAUGCGCCGCCGCCGGUCUCACGAGCUGUGUCUGAGGUCGAACCGGAAGACAAACCACGCUGUAUGGAGGUCCACAAUACGCCUGACGAAAGGUCUCCAAUGCACAGUUCCAGGACUGCCACAACGGCGUCAGACUACGACAAGAAGCUGUAUGAGGAAAAGUUGAGGCAAUGGUGGAAGGGAAACGAGUUCGACGGUGACGACAGGAAGUUAAGCAGGGCAGUCUACAGGGAGUCACUCAAGCAGCGUGAGCCAUCGUAUGUUCCGGCGAGGGCCAACUGGUAG